AACCACGUGAUCGACACUGUCAUGGCGGCGCCCUCGUGUCAUGCGUGGAUGUUAUCAUUUGGAGCGGUAUUUUGGCGUAUCUUUAAACUAUAAUCAGCCAAGCUGUUUAUUACUUCGCAUUGUAUCGCGGCAUUUCUUUGGUUGUUAAUAGUACUAUAUGAUAUACAAAUCUGACAUAUGUAGGAGCAUUUAGUCCACAGCUAAAGUGCCUCGAUGCGCAGAUGCUAACCAACUGACAGCACGCGACUCUUACAAGCACUCUUAACGUGAGACAGUCCAACUUAUCAAACUAAUUCGCAGUAUAGAUAAUUCGCAAAGAAAAUGAAGACAAAGAAGAAGAUGAAGACGAAAAACAAGGGGUCGUCCUCCGUGCCGAACAAACGAGCCAAACGGAGUAUUCACAUGAAAGGCAGCUGGAAGGCUGUAGAGCUGGAUCCCAGUCUGUUUUCAGAAGAGGGCCUGGAAGGUCUGGUGUGUUUCGAAGAGCUGACAAGUUAUCGAUUAGUAGACACUGAGAGGGCUGCAGCUCAAGCAGAAAAGGAGCUAAGAAAGAAGGAGAAGAAGAAAGCUAAGAAAAGAAAAGCCAACGAGGUAGAGGAGACUGGUGAAGAUGUUGAUGUGGAGGGCUCACCAGAGGGGGAGAAAACAGCUGAACCUCUUGAGAAAAAGGCCAAAAAGAAGAAGAAGAAAAACAAGAAACAGUCUGCGGAUGAAUCAGCGCAAAAUGAUGCUGGUCCUGCCGAAGUGAUCCAGGAGGAUGUAGCUACAGGUGAGAAUGAGGAGGUGGGUGAAACAUCUGAAAAAGACCAAGUAAAUGGCUCAGACCUUGAUGCUCAGUCACAUCAGGACAAGAAGAGCAAGAAAAGGAGGAAGAGGAAGAAGAAACAGCAGAUACAAGAGGAUAAAAUACCAGAGGAAGAAUCAAAUGAGGAGAGUCAAGCAGGACUCAAGGCAGCGGAAGAUGAAAAACCAGCCCCAGUCACAGCUGCAGAACCUCGCCGAAAACAGGCAAAGAAUUGGACAAAUGCAGCCCUCUCUGGCUGUACUGACAAAAACACUGAUGUGAGUGCAUGGAAGAAUUUGUUUGUUCCCUCUCCUGUGCUGAAGGCACUAAGCAGUCUUGGAUUUGGUUCACCUACUCCUAUUCAAGCUCUCACUUUGCCUUCUGCGAUCAGGGAUCGGAUGGAUAUACUGGGAGCAGCAGAAACAGGUAUGAUGAAACACUAUUUGCUUUUCUGUUGAGUUUGAAUCUGUCCUCAUGUUUUUAAAGGUGAGACUAAUGAUAACCCUGUUAUUGUAGGAAGUGGGAAGACACUGGCGUUUGGAAUCCCAAUGAUUCACACCAUCUUGGAGUGGAGGGACGGCUCAGAUAAGCCUGUGAAAGACAACCCGAAAGCAUCUGCAACUGUGGAAAGUUUGUAUUUACCAACUGUUGAGUCCACAAAAGAAGAAGAGGAGGAAGAGGGAGACGAGGAGAAUGAAGAAACAGAAGCUGAGGAGGAGAAGAAUGAUGAAUUGGGAGCUGAGGACGAAGAGAUUGAGAGCAACACAGAGCAAGACCAGAGUGACACAGAAGAACAUGACGGUGAAGAAGAAAACGACAGCGGAGAAGAGGGUGAUGUUUUGAAGCUCACGUGUGCACAAGGAGACGAACAUGCAGAUGAUGACCUUGAACCUGCUGUUGAAGCAGAGGGAGAAGCAGCAGGAGUGCAGGAUCAGCCUCUACUCGGAUUGGUGCUCACUCCAACCAGAGAGCUGGCUGUUCAGGUCAAACACCACAUUGACGCUGCUGCAAAAUUCACAGGUAUGUCAUUGUUGUAUCUUUUCUAAUACUUCAGCAGAGUUUAAAAAAGUCAGCUAACAAGGUGCCAUUGCUUUGUAGACAUCAAAACAGCAAUUGUGGUGGGUGGUAUGGCACAACAGAAACAAAGACGGAUGCUGAAGCGAAGGCCAGAGAUCAUUAUCGCCACUCCUGGACGUCUGUGGGACUUGAUCAAAGAGAGACAUUCACAUCUGGUCAACCUGAGACAGCUCAGGUGAGCCACAGUUCACAAUUCUUUCAUAUUUGAUUUGCAGCAUGGUCAAAGAUCAAACCUGCACAAGAAAUCAUGUGUUUUUGCUCAAGUGUCGUGAUCACAGACAGGGUGGUUACAUCAGAUAAGGGUUACCACAUUUGGAGAACACAUAGAACUUUUAGUAAUUCAGUUUUAUAUAAGUAACUUUUUAAUAAUUAUUUUGAUUAAGAAAGUACAUAAUGUAGGGUAUCAAUCAUUUUCAAAUUAGUCUACUUUUGUUAAUCUUUCUGAGACAAUACAUCAAGCUGUUGUAACAUUAUAGAGAGCUCCUCAGGAUUUAUACAUAAAAACAAUGUGAAGGACUCUGUAAUGACUGCUGAAUAACAAGCUUCAAAAGAGAAAGAUGGUCAGGUCAUUGUUUUUGUAAGCUUCACGUCCUGCAGGGCCUUGAGCAGAACAUCAGAAUUGUGCUAUUCCUAGGGGUGGUCUCACCUGAAAAAGAUUCACACAAAAGACAAAAGGCAGCUUCAAAUGUUUGUUCAAAGUUUUUGGGGUUUUGCUGUUUUCCUUUGUCUCACUUGUUUUUCAUGCUACCUUUCAUUAACUCCUCCUGGUCAUGUUUCCUUCAGGUGUCUGGUCAUAGAUGAAGCAGACCGGAUGGUGGAGAGAGGCCACUUUGCAGAGCUAGAGAGUCUGCUAGAGAUGCUGAACACCGUCCACUUUAACCCCAUGAGACAAACAUUUGUCUUCUCUGCCACACUGACCAUGGCCCACAGCCUUCCCACACGCCUCCUUCAGAAGAAGAGGAAGAAUCUGGACCAGAGGAGCAAGCUUGAAAUUCUUAUGGAGAAAGUAGGGAUUAAGUCCAAACCCAAAAUCGUUGACCUGACCAGGAAAGAGGCAACUGUAGAGACCCUUACGGAGACCAGAAUCCACUGCCAGAAAGACGAGAAGGACUUUUACCUUUAUUACUUCCUGCUGCAGUAUCCUGGCCGCACCAUGGUGUUCGCUAACAGUAUAGACUGUAUCAAGAGACUGAACUCCCUGCUGGUUAUUUUGGACUGUAACCCACUGCCUCUGCAUGCCAACAUGCACCAGAAACAACGCCUGAAAAACCUGGAGAGGUUUGCAGAGAGGGACAGGUGAGACUUACACACACUUGCAGCAGCAGUCUCAAAGUAUAAGCAGUGGUUAAGACCUUAAUCGUUACGAUGACCUAUUAUGAAACAGAACUUCUUAAAUGCAGCUUUGAGUUUAUAGGCUUUAUCUUUUAAGUAAAAAAAGGGCCUGGAUUAAAUUUCUCACUCAGGUCUGUCACUGAGUUUAAUUAAGAGGCACUCACACGUGCAGGAUAUAUUCUUAAUCACCAAGUAUGAAACAAUAACCGUUUGGUCUAUUGACUUAAAUUGACAGAAGUAGUGAUGUUUUAAGGUUAUUGGACAGCUUAUUCGACAGAGAUAAUGUUCUUCAAAUGACAGGCUUUUUAUCUCAUUCAACACUACACAGUUGGAGUGGAGUUGGGAAAUGGCUUGAGUGCCCUUUAUUUGUCUGGGCUUGUUUGUGCUGCUGUUAUCUUGGCAGAGUCUCAACAUUUGUUCACAGCACAUAAAACUAAAUAUUAAUUCAGCAAAUCAUUUAUCUCCAUCUGAAGUCACUUUGUUUUAUUUUGGUAUGUGCUCAUUUUUCUGUGUUCCUAAAUGUCAUUCACAGUUGCAUUUUGCUGACGACUGAUGUGGCAGCUAGAGGACUUGACAUCCCAAAUGUUCAGCAUGUUAUUCACUACCAGGUAAGUCAAUUUUUUUGAAACAUUUGUAGCGUGUUUGUCUUUAUGAAAGCUGUUUUUAUUUAAUUUUAAAAAAUGAGUGUCUUCCUGCCUAAAAAAAUUGUAGUAAUUUUGCUGUAAACAAAUUAGGUUCCAAGAACAUCUGAGACCUACGUCCAUCGAAGCGGCAGAACAGCAAGAGCCACCAAAGAGGGUCUCAGUUUGCUGCUUAUCGGCCCAGAAGACAUGAUGAACUUCAGAAAGAUUUACAAGACUCUUGGGAAGGAUGAGGAACUCCCCAUGUUCCCCAUAGAGACCAAAUGCAUGGACUCAAUCAAAGUAAGACUCAUCAUCAUAUUCAUCAUCUUCCUCCGAACUUACAAGUAUUAUAUUUGAUUGUUUUUUUGUGUGCGACCCCUCACAGGAGCGGGUAGACUUGGCCCGACAGAUCGAAAAAAUUGAGUUUCACAACAGCAGAGAAAAACACCACAACUCCUGGCUUCGGCAGGCUGCAGAGGCCCUGGAGGUGGACCUAGAUGAGGAUCUUUUAAUGGGUAAAAAGGAAACACUCUAAGCAUAUUCUACCCUCUUAAAAAUCAAAAUACACGACUAACCAGAUUAUCGAUGUCCACAGGCAAAGGAAGAGAUGAGGACACUGACAGAGAGCAGCAGAAGAUGGUGAAGGGGAUGAAGAAGCACUUGAAGCAUUUGAUCUCUCAGCCAGUGUUUAAAAAUGUGAUAAAGACCAAGUACCCGACACAAAUGGGGAAGCUCUCCCUGCCUCAUCUGCCUCUAGCUGGAAAGGAAAGUGCCCUCAGCAGAGUGUCAUUACAGGAGGAGAGUCAGAAAUUAAAAAAAGGUGCUCGACCGAAGCAUAAAAAGCAAAAGAAAAAACAGCAGCAGUGACAUGUUCGCAGACCAUCCUUGACAGAUUUCUGUAACAUUAAACAUGAGACAGUUUGAUUAAUUGAAAUUUAAUUGCAAAAUGUAUAAAAAUGUUGUCAAAUUGCUGUACGCUUCAAGAUUUUAUAAAAAUCUGCUUUCACUAGA